AUGCUUUUGAUAUUUUCAAUCUUUGUGACUGCUUUGACAUCAGUUAAAGGUUGUGACCAGGUGUUGAUAGGGGACAAUGGAACGAUUUCUUCACCAGGAUGGCCAAUGCGUUACCCUUUGAAUAUUGAAUGUACAUAUGAUAUCAUCGUUUCUGAGGGUAACCGUGUUAGGAUAGAAUUUGUUAAUAUGUCGGUUGAGACAUCUUCAGGAUGUGGAUAUGAUAGUGUUAAGAUAUAUGAUACAAACACAUCAAAUGUACUGGAUACUUUAUGUGGUUAUACAACAGGACAGGUCUAUCACAGUUCUGCCAACUUUAUGACGGUUGUAUUUAACUCAGAUGAUGUUCAAGAUGAUUAUGGCUUUGUAGCUGUUUUUUCUUCAGAGGAAAGUAGGUCAAAAGCAUUAUUACAAUUAAUAAACAUAACAAUAUUGGGGCAGUCUGAUUUUUUAGGAGGUCGGAAAAUUUAG